AUGUUCAGAAAGAGAUUAGUGAACAAAAGCUCUUCUGAUGAAAAGAACCAGAAAAAGAGGCAGAAAAUUAAUUUUAGCGAAGAGAAACUAGUGGCCAGCGAUGAAGAAAAGGGUUCCAGUGACCUCAUGAGCUUAGCCAAGAGUGGAAAUAGCAGGACACUUCAACUUUCACAUGAGAAUGAAGGUAAACUACAGAAAAAGGGUGAGGAUUUAGAUAAAUACACUUUAACGGUCAACGACGACAGCACUAAAGAAGAUCUUCUAAACUUUGAGAGAAAAGAGCUGGCUGAGAAGGCAAAGAAGAGGCGACCUAGUGAUGACAAUGAGCUGGUACUGAACAUGAGCGGUAAAAAUAAACGCCUCACUAAACAGAUUAACCAACCAACGAAUAUCCGGACCACGGUGCUGAUGGAUUUUCAGCCCGACGUUUGCAAAGAUUACAAACAGACGGGAUACUGUGGUUACGGAGAUAGCUGCAAGUUCUUACACUCGAGGGAUGAUUUCAAGACUGGCUGGAAGCUGAACCAAGAAUGGAAUGCGGAUAAAGAGGACUCCAAAGCGGUUACUCUAGACUUGGAAAAGAUACCGUUCAAGUGCACUCUUUGUAAGGAAGAUUACAAGUCUCCAGUGGUCACAAACUGUGGCCAUUAUUUUUGUGGAUCGUGUUUUGCCAAAGAUAUGAAAAAGGGCACCAAAUGCUUUAUAUGCCACAAGGAGACCCACGGCAGUGCAAAAGUAGCAUCUGACUUACAGAAGAUGCUAAAUAAAAGGAAAAGUUGA